AUGGACAGCCUCUUCGUCCUCGACAGCACGGACGUGGCCCAGUGGGCCGCCAACGUUGCCGAGCCCGCCGCCGCCAUCGCGCGACGCUUCCUCGGCGGCGAGCCCACGCCUGAGCCGGUCAGCCUGUCGCCGCUGGCGCGCAAGGUCCUCGAGACGGAGACGGCAGGGCGCACGCCGUGUCAGAAGACGUGCCAGCUGUGCCAGGUCACCUGCACGACGGAGCAGGACUGGAAGAAGCACAUGCGCAGCAAGAGGCACCAUGCCAUCGCGCGCCGGACGAAGAGACGGGCGCUCGUCGUAGUCGAGCCGGAGGCAAGGCCAGAGGCAAGGCCGGAAAAGGAGGCAGAGGUAGCCAUAGCCGCCGAGUCUAGGGACUCGAGCCCCGAGAUAGGGUUGAGUGCAUUUGACUUGCCCGCGCCGUGA